AUGAAUAAGCGGCAUGGCAAGCUGAAGGAAGAUAAUGUCUCUCACAAUGGAGACUGCCUGCCGCAAAGCAUGCUCCCUCUGCGGCCCUUCGGCCCAGCUAGGCUCUCACCCGCCAUCUAUCGCUCGGUGGCUUGGCUUGCACAGGAAACCUAUUUUGGUGGUCUUUUCUCUCACAACACCGGUGAGUCCUUCUGGGAUUUUCCUAAGCAUCCCAAACGAGCUCUUCGCAUCAUGUUACAAGAGCGCUUUGGGCCCAUCCAUGGUUUUGCGCCCUGUUUGCUGCAGCCGCCUCCGGAGGUCGCCCGGCUCUUCUCUCCCUCUCCAUUCUCGUCUCAAAAUGGCCCAAGCACGCUCGGAUCUGGCUGGGGUUGGAUGCAUUGGGAUGCAUUGAUCGCCGACCAGGAACGAGGUGCCCUGGUUAUUAUGAUGGCCCAAACCAUAUCGAGCAGUGCGAUUGCUGGGCUUUCCGAUCCUAGCGUGCGCCCAUCUACCCAAGAGCUGGCUCGCUGCUGGCUCGCGCUGGCUCUCUCGGACUGGCUGUCCACUGGGGGGGCAGCCCCUCGCGAACCAUGGUGCCCGAGCGCUUUCAGUUCGGGGACAUGUGAAGCCUCUACACUAGUGCCUCCUUUGGUCCCCGGCGCCAGCACUGGUGAUCUCUUUGGCGGGGCUUGGCGCAUGGGCACCCUGGACCACCGCGACGUCAACCAACAAGACGGCGCAGCUGUCGUCACCGCUGUGCGGUCAAGUCGUCGACCAUCACAAUGGAGCAUCAGCAUCCCGCGACCUACUAGUCACUAG